AUGGAUCGCUCAGCAACUUUUGGUACCUGGAAGCGUUAUAAGCUUGGCCAGGCGCAAUUCACAAAAUGGUUAAAGCAAACUUCUGACCGUAUCAAGGGUGCCACCUCGGCUGGUGAACCACAGAAGCCACCGAACUCAGCCUCCAACCAUGGCACCGCUCAAUUGGAGGCAAUGGUCAAGAUAGUUGUAGACAAAGCAAAUCCCAAGGACAUCCCACCAUCCUCAAUUCGUAUUCUUCGGGAUGUCGUGAGCCUGAGAAAGAAGAGUGCCCGUUUUUUUGGCAAGGUCGCGUCCAGGUCCGAGGACGAUAAGCUCAAGAAGAGCAACAGCUCUCAUGAACACAUGAUCAAAGUUCUCGAAAAAGCACUCGUACAGCUGGAGGCGGCAGGGUCCAAAGUGACCGGUAAGACCUCGCAACCUGAUAGCGAUGGUCAGGUUAGCAUGGACGACAUCAAUAACAUGUUUGAGUUCUUGAAGGUUGAGGAGACCCAGAAUGCAGAAGACGUUCAAUCAGAAGAGUCUGAGCCCGAGAAGCACACGAAAAGUUCCAGUAAAAAGAAAUUUGGCAAGUCCAAGGGCAAGAAGCAGAAGCAGAAACAGAAGCCUAAAAAAGAGCCCAAGACCCAAUUGACGGAGCCAAUGUCAGUUGACAGCAACUGGGUUGACGAAUUCAAAUGGAUGGAUGAUGACGGCGAUGAUGACGAAUUCGACUACUACAUGCUGAUUUACUGCUUCUUCGAAGAUUUCAACUCUAUCCGCGAUUAUGUUGUCGAUAAAUGGUGCGACUACUACUUUUACCAAUCUGUGCCCAUUGAGGUUCUCGGUGUCAUCACCAAUGCUGCAUGCGAAAUCUUCCACGAGAUGGAGUCGGAGCUCUUUAAAACGGCACGCGCACUGAAUUUGCCCGCGCGAAUGGUAGAGUACCAAUUCAUGAUGAACACUUUGUUCAUCCAAUACGGUCUGAAUCACGUCGACUAUUCCAACGACAAGAUUAUGUCGGAGGAAGACUUGCAGCAAAAGAUUCACCGAGAAGCGGACUGGUUGGGUUUCAUGACGUAUACCCGUCUCGAAAACAUCCUGACAAAUGUGCCCCCGGGAAAGGUGCCUAUGUAUCCUGCAGGAACACUCGAACCCCCUGUGUAUGGAAUUCUAGACGCCGAUGGUGUGGCAGAGUUCACAAAUACCAUCAUCUUCGAAAUGCUGCCGGACUUUUGCUUGCUCAAGGCUUUAAAGGUAAACCGUCAAGCGCCGAGUGUUAUUGGUGCCCAAGAUGAAGUGACGUUGGACUUCGAGGGUGCAUUACGAGCCCGGUCGUAUCCGUCGGCAAUGGUUUUGGGAUUACAGCUCUACGUUGAUAUACGUUAUGUGUUGGAAGGCGACACAGUCAAGGUUUUUGAUCAGAUGCAAGACACAGCCCGCCAAAAUGAGGCAGCUCUAACCAGGGUAUACGAACAUGUACAACCGUCGAGGUUGAAAAGAGAAAUGUGGGGACGCAUCGCGGAGAUGAACUGUGUUAUGCUAGAAGAUUUCAUGGAGCAAGACAAAAUAAGGCGAUGGAAAGAGAGAGGUAUCACGGACGAGAAAGUUGAGAAACAUUCUCUUCUCAAACGCCACCCAAUCUGGUCCGGCUUGCUUAGCCUUCGAUGCAGGCUAGUUUCGAACGACCUCGGCCACCGUAUUGUCAGCUCAUCUACGGCAGUCCUUGCGGCAGCCUUCGCCUAUGAAGCAGCAAGGCUCGUGGCGAGGGAUUUUUUGCCGAGCUGGCCUUCCAUGGAUGGGUUUAUCAAGUACUACGGCCAAGAUUGUGUUCUUCUGCAAGGCAACUUAUCCGGCAAUAUGUCGGCUGCAGACUUGCUCAAGCGAUUUGCGGAGUAUGAUCUCACGAACACCAAAAUUGCUUCACUGGUGGGCUUUGACAAACCAUCAAAGACCCAAGCUGCCUUUUAUGAACGAUACGGGGUGGACACUGAACGUUCUCGGCAAGAUAUGAGAUAUCUACAGGAUAUAAUCAAGGAAAAGUAUAGCGUCAACGCUACAAUUCUGCCCCCUCAUUUGAGCAACAAGCCCUUGGCUGUCAUCAACCAUAAUGAGAGGGACGCGACUGAGAAGACUGCGGAGGUUGCGAAGAGUGGGACGCUUGAUACUUCCCUGAAAACAGCUGAAAGAUUUUUCGAGCCUCAACGUGUCUCGCCAAUUCGGCUGCUGGAAGUUUUGGGCGGUGCUACCAUCGAUAUCCUGGACAACCAGCUUUCUGUUAACUAUCUACAGCUGUACGAAGAAAGCAUUGUACUUCUUGAGGCAAUUUCUGAAAAGUUUCCAGAAAUAACGGAGAAUUGUGGCUUACCCCAGGUUGAGGACAGUACUUACGUGGACAAAUUGGGGAAGGUGCUUGUAGGCCUUGCGACAUCAAUGGGCCACAACCCACAUGAUGGACAGGCGGAGCAGCUGGUUGAUGGAAUCAAGGAAUUUCUUGUAGGGCUAUCUGAUUCAGAUACCCCCAAUCUGCAGAUAUCUUCCGAGUAUGAAACACAGUAUUGA